GUUUCAAGUGGAAAGCGGGGAAAAUAACAGCAGUCUCUCCCAGAAAGUAGCUGUGAGGAUCUAGUGGGUUAAUAUCUAGGAAGUGUGUAGAAUUGGAGCGCGAUACUGAGCGCGAUACACAGCAAAACCGUUUUGAGUCUGGUUGCCUGUAAAAGAUUUGAGUCCCGUUCCUGUUCCCUCAACCUGGAAAACGUAUUGCUUUAAUAAUUGUCAACCAUGAGUACAAUUGUACCGAGUCCUGUGAAUCCUGUCCACUCUCCAAACGUGGGAAGAGGAGGUCUUGAAGAUUCCCAGACACAAUUUUGAUGAAAGAAAUAAAUAACAGAUGCGGGUAAAAGAGCCAUCCAAAGCUUUACCUGAGAAAGGAAAAAGAAAUAGAAGGCCUUCAGUACCUCAUGAUGAAGAUUCUUCAGAUGACAUCGCUGGUUUAACUUGCCAACAUGUAAGUCAUGCUGUCAGUGUGAAUCAUGUGAAGAAAGCAAUAACUGAGAAUCUAUGGUCAGUUUGUUCAGAAUGUUUAAAAGAAAGAAGAUUCUAUGAUGGACAAUCAGUACUUCCUUCAGAUAUUUGGUUGUGCCUUAAGUGUGGUUUUCAGGGAUGUGGUAAAAACUCAGAAAACCAUCAUUCACUGAAGCACUUCAAGAGUUCCAGAACAGAGUCUCAUUGUAUUGUAAUUAAUCUGAGUACAUGGAUUAUAUGGUGUUAUGAAUGCGAUGAAAAAUUAUCAACACAUUGUAAUAAGAAGGUGUUGGCCCAGAUAGUUGAUUUUCUUCAGAAACAUGUUUCUAAAACACAAACAAGUACAUUUUCUAGAAUCAUAAAACUUUGUGAAGAAAAACGUGAAACAAGUGAAAUAAAGAGGGGAAGAAAAAGUGGCAGUGUGCCAUCUGUAAAAGGAAUUACAAAUUUAGGAAAUACUUGCUUUUUUAAUGCAGUCAUUCAGAACUUGGCACAGACUUAUAUUCUUAUUGAACUAAUGAAUGAGAUAAAAGAAGAUGGUACAAAAUUAAACAUCUCUCCUGCAGAUUCUCAGCUGGACCCAUUAGCGGUAGAACUUUCAAGCCCUGGACCACUGACCUCAGCCUUGCUCCUGUUUCUUCACAGCAUGAAGGAUACUGAAAGAGGACCACUUUCUCCUAAAGUUCUUUUUAACCAGCUUUGUCAGAAGGCACCUCGAUUUAAAGGUUUCCAACAACAGGAUAGUCAGGAGCUUCUUCAUUAUUUGUUGGAUGCAGUGAGGACAGAAGAAACAAAGAGAAUACAAGGUAGCAUUCUAAAAGCAUUUAACAACCCAACUACUAAAACUGCUGAUGAUGAAACUAGAAAAAAAGUCAAAGCAUACGGAAAAGAAGGUGUGAAAAUGAACUUCAUAGAUCGGAUCUUUAUUGGUGAAUUAACUAGCACAGUCAUGUGUGAAGAAUGUGCAAGUAUCUCCACAGUGAAAGAUCCUUUCAUUGAUAUUUCACUUCCUAUAAUAGAAGAAAGGGUUUCAAAACCUGUGCUUUUGGGAAAAGUGAAUAAAAACAGAAGCUUACAGGAGGCAGACCCUGAUCAGUACAGCGGUACUGUUGCUGUAGAAAGUGCUUAUCAACCCAGAGCUGCCAAGAAGUAUCCUUCAUCUAAAGAUAAGAAUCAUGACAGAAGACAUAUAAGACAGUUGUCAUCUGGAGAAGAGAAAACUGUUACUCAUCAGAAAAAUGCCAGUUUUGGGUUGAGAGGAGAGCCCUCAGCGUCUUUGAGCACUGUGGGCACCGAGGCCUCUCUGAACGAAAGCCCCAGCGAGGGCAGCGAGAAGGCCGCCAGUCAGUCUGAGAGCAGCGCUGAUGCCGACAGCGAGGCCUCGGAAUCCGAAAGUGCGCUGAAGCCCACAGUUCUCUUCCGACCUAGUGGCGAAUCUUGUGUGCACCUGGAUGGGUGCCUUCCCCAGCCAUCAGGCAGGGAAGUGCCACACGCCAAGGAGACAGGCAGUGGCAACGAGGGAAUGGCUGAAGCUAUUUCUCAGCUUUGUUUGAGCAGCACCAUAAUUGGAGAUGGAGAUUUUGACAGAGAAAAUCAGCCACUGAAUGUUCCAAGUAAUUUCUCAGAGGAGAAAUAUAUGAGGUCUCACAGUCCCCAAAAUGCUUUUCAGACCCUUUCUCAGAGCUAUGUAACUACUUCUAAAGAAUGUUCAGUUCAGUCCUGCCUCUACCAGUUUACAUCCAUGGAAUUACUAAUGGGGAAUAAUAAGCUUCUCUGUGAGAAUUGUACUGAAAAGAAACAGAAAUACCAAAAGGAAACUGGUUCUGCAGAAAAGAAAGCAGAAGGAGUUUAUACUAAUGCCAGGAAGCAAUUACUCAUUUCUGCUGUUCCAGCGAUCCUAAUUCUCCAUCUUAAAAGAUUCCAUCAGGCUGGUGUGACUCUUCGUAAAGUAAACAGACACGUAGAUUUUCCACUUACUCUUGAUUUAGCACCAUUCUGUUCUGCUACCUGUAAGAAUGUAAGUGUGGGAGAUAAAGUUCUCUAUGAUCUGUAUGGCAUAGUGGAACACAGCGGCUCAAUGAGAGGAGGUCAUUACACUGCUUAUGUGAAAGUGAGACUACCCUCCAGGAAGUUACUGGAACAUAUCACUGGAAAGAAGAGCAUACCUGGUUUGAAAGAACCUGAUCGAGAAUCAGGAGGCCAGUGGGUCCAUGUUAGUGACUCUUACGUGCAAGUGGUUCCAGAAUCGAGAGCACUUAGUGCACAAGCGUAUCUUCUUUUUUAUGAAAGAAUAUUAUAAUUAUUUUUUAAUUGUUAAUUAGUUAGCUCACUUUUAUUUGACUGCUGCAAUGGUAACCAUAACAUGUUAUGUGCCUUUGUAAUGUGUCUUCUGUAGGGAGAGCAUAUCCCUCAAAAAUGCUUAACUUUUUUUUUUCCAUUUUGGAGAAUGCUUUUACAGUCAAUUAAAUUUACUCAGUGCUUUCAAAUUAAUAUCUUAAAUGUAAAGACUUUUUUUUUCUUCAAAAAUUUGUCCUAGGGGACUAAACAAUUUACAGUAGUAGAAUAACGUCUUUAUGAUAUGGCUUAUCAUUACAAGCAUUCAGAAAUGAUCCUGGCUAAAUGAAAUCAUUCCUUAAUACAGUGUUUCUGAAAGGUGGUAACACUUUCCUGAUCUCAUGGAAUAUAUCCUGUGCCAUUAUUUACUUAUUAUUUUUUUAACAUUUUAGGAUUUUAUAACAGCCAUGUUAUGAGCAAUCAUAUUUCACAUUUUACAUGCUUAUUAUUUUUCAUAAUAUUAAAAUAAAUUUGUAACUAUUAAAGCAUUCAUCCAUGUACCACGCCAUUUAAAAAUCAUCUCAGGGCUAUCCUGUGGUAUAUAUGUGUAUCACUAUUUGGAAAACAUUGCUAUACCUGUAUGAAUGCUUAAUAUAACAUAGUUAUCGCCGCCUGCUGCCUGCUGUGCAAGCACAAGGACCCGAGUUCAAUCCCUGGUACCAAAAAAAAAAAUAUAUAUAUAUAUAUAUAUAUAUAAAACAUAGUUAUCAUGUCAUAUUUUAUAUAUGAUUCAGCCAUAUAAAAAGGUGUCACUGUAAUUUUAGUACUGUGGCUUUACAAGUAAUUAUUGCUGAGCUUAUUACUUUGAGGUUUUGAAAUUAUUGAAACAUUUUAUAAACAUAUCAUCUGCAGCCUAUUCGUGGAAGAGUUAGAUAAUUUAUAAGAGGUUGGCCAGGGUCAAAAUAUAAUUACAGAUAAUUGUAAUGUGCAAAAUUGGUAAAUAGAAGUUGAUAAUCUAUAUGGCACCAUAGGAUGCCUUUGAAAUUCAAGUUACCAAAUUAUAUUUGUAAAUGGUAGAGAAUUAUAUUCUUAUACUUACAGAGAAAUAAUAUGCAUUUUCUACUUCUGUAUUUCAGUAAAUAUUAAACAUUGUUUUAGGUUAUAGAGACCACUUUUGUGAGUGUUUUCAAAAAGCAUCAUUUAAUAGUCUAACUUUUUUUUUUUGGUACCGGGGAUCAAACUCAGGACCUUGCACUUGAGAGGCAGGCGUGGCGCCACUGAGCUAAAUCCCUGGCCAACAAGCAUCAUUUAAGUUUCGAGAGAAUUUAGCUUUUAAUUUACUGGGCCACAGAGCAAGUGCUUCUGUUUUAAAUAAUUGCAAAAACAUGGUAGUUUCCCUUCUUUAGAAUACAAAUUAUUAAGCUGAUAAAACAUGGCAUGAAAAAUACAACUCUUGGUUAGGCCUAAAUUUCAAAAAACCAUGGGUACUUUAGGGUCAUAUUAUUGUUUUGGGUUUUUUUUUUUUGCUACCGGGGAUUGAACUUGGGUCCUCUUGCUUGCGAGGCAGGUCGCGGAACCACUGAGCUAGAUCCCUGGCCCAGGGUCAUAUCAUUGAAUCAAAACGUAACUGCAUGGGUUCAGGCAUCCUAAUCAUUAGUGCCAAUGGAUGAUUCUAUAGGCAAAUAUUGAAUAAUUUCCUACAAAAGGGAGAAGGAAUAAAAAUAGUCAUUGUAUAUAAUGUGUGGAAAUAUUAGUCAAACCUAGUCCUUUGUAAAAAGUAAGUCUAUAGACUGUGUAUGUAUGUUUUUUGUUGUUGGUUUUUCUUUUUUGGUACUGGGGAUUGAACUUCGGUCCUUGCACUUGUGAGGCAGGCGGCAGAACCACUGAGCUAAAUCCCCAGCCCAGACUGUGUAUGUAUGUAUAAUACAUGACAUCAAGGUUACCAUGCUGCCUUUUGAUAUAUGGAUAAAUGAAAUUAUAACUAGUAUUAAAGAUAGUAAUAGUAUAUAAGAUGCAGAGGUUUAAAAUGUCAUUGCAUAAAUUCUAUUUUUAAGGUGUUGAAAUUUCUGUAGUAUUGUUUAUCUUGUUCUUUAACAAUCAAAAUGAAGAAAUACAUCUUUGUUAAUCUGCAAAGGCAGGUUGUGUCAUGUGAAAGGUAGUUUUGUUUUUUUUUUUGCUGGGUGCAGUGGUGCAUACCUGUAAUUCUAGCACUCAGGAGUUUGAGGCAGGAGGAUCACUUUGAGUUUGAGACCAGCCUGGGCUACAUAGUAAGUUCAAGGCUGGCCUGAACUACAUAAUGAGACCUGUCUCAAAAAAAAACCAAAAGAAAAAAGUAAAAGGUAGUUUUUAGUAUUUCCUGUUUAACUGUAAUCAUUUAACAUUAAAGAUUUCAGUAUCAGAGCAAUGUAUUUUCUGAAAAAUAUUAAAUUUCUAGCUGGGCGUGGUAGCGCACACCUGUAAUCGCAGCACUUAGGAGGCUGAGGCAGGAGGAUUGCCACAAGUUCAAGGGCAGCUUCAGCUACAUAGUGAGUUCAAGAUCAUCCUGAACUACAUAGUGAGACCCUGUCUCAAAAAGGAAAAAAGUAAAAGGUAGUUUUUAGUGUUUUCUGUUUUAACUGUAAUCAUUUAACAUUGAGAAUUUCAGUAUCAGAGCAAUGUAUUUUCUGAAAAAUAUUAAAUUUCUAGCUGGCCGUGGUGAUGCACAACUGUAAUCGCAGCACUUGGGAGGCUGAGGCAGGAGGAUUACCACAAGUUCAAGGGCAGCUUCAGCUACAUAGUGAGUUCAAGGUCAUCCUGAACUACAUAGCAAGACCCUGUCUCAAAAAAAAUUAAAUUUCUUUAUUCAAGUAAGCCAUCCUGGUAAUUGACAACCCAUCCCCCUCAACAAAUAUAAAUAAUACUGCCUCGUUUUUCUUCCAGAAAAGACUAGUAAGAGGUAUGCACUUUUCAUUGGAUAGGUAUCUUUCUCUUGUUUCAGAUAGAUAUCUAGCUAGAUACUUACACUUGGCAUGAGUCAGGUAAUGUGAGGACACUAUUUUACCAUCUUUUAAAAUGGAAAGACCUCUACAAAAUUGAGACAUUAUUCUAGAGCAGUGAUGGAGAACCUUUAGAGACCGAGUGCCCAAACUGCAACUCCAAACCUACUUAUUUAUUGCAGAAUGCCAACACUGCAAUUAAACCUGAAUAUUGAGGGUUUCCUUUAGAAAAAGCAACUGUUAUGUGAUGCUCGGCUGCUGGGGUAACUUGGCUUGUGUGCCUGUAGAGGGCUCUGCGUGCCUGCUGCAGCAUCCAUGCUCUAGGUGUGCCACCACUGUUCUAGAGUAACAUGAAAAUAAAAUGCUUUUAUUUUCAUUUCCUUAGUGAUAAAUGAGCGAAUUCUGAAGUUUAUUUUUUUAUGGCAUAGAAUUUAUGGAUGAAUUUUUAUUGUCAUCUGAAAAUAGAAAACAUUUGAUUUUGAUAUUCAGAAUUUCCUAAAUAUGGCUUUUGUAAGAGAGAAAGCAUGUUAAAUUACAUAUUACUCCACAUUUGAACUUUUAUUUUUAUUUUGAAGUUUUCUGAAGUAAAUUUGCAGAGAUAUUAAAUAGUGAGGCUACUGUAAUAAGAGUAUUCAGAUCACCUCAGGAAAUAGUAUAAAUAAAUGAGUUUACAGAUCACACAACUAUACAACUGUCACAGUGUUUGGCUGAAUGAAUUUAAGAAGUAAACAAAGACAUUUCACUAACUAUUUAUAAAGUGGUUUACAGAGUAUGUCUAGGUUCAGUUCCCUCUAGUUUUUCCAUAUUUAAAAUGAUAAAAUUUUGAUUGUGUCAACUAUAUGAAUAUUUUUGACAUAAUCAAGCAGAUCUAUGCUUAAUAUUUUGUCAUUUAAUGUUUUUAAAAAUUAUAUGAAAAUCACCUUUUUAGGUGGCCAAGGAGAGUGUUAUGUAUCAAAAAAAUAGUUGAUAUACCAACAGAGCUAUUUUACUGUAUUUAAUAGCUCUUAGUUCACAUAUGUGAUGACUUCAUGCAGUGAUUUUAUGCAAUAUUGAAUAAAAUCUUCUGAAGAUUAAGCUGUGAAAUGUAUCAUUCUUCAACUAGUUUUUGUAAUACAAGGUUCCAUCUUCCUACUUUUCUUAACUUUGUAUUCAUAAUUAUUUUUCUGCAUGAUACCUGAUCCAAUAAGCCUUCAGCAAAUAUGUGCAAUAGACACAAACUUUUAAAUAGUAUACUGUGUGUCAAGAGCCUGAGGCAGGAGGAUAGCCACGAGUUCAAAGCCAGAAGCUGGCCUGGGCAACAUAGUAAGUUCAGGGCCAGCCUGAACUACAAAGCAAGACCCUGUCUCAAAAAACCAAAAAAAAAAAAAAAAGUAUACAGUGUGUUAAGACUAUUUCUAUAUUUAAAAUAUUGCUGUUUAUGUAGAAAUCAUCAAUUCAAAU